UUUCUCUCGGCCUUGUGAAACUGAUAGUGAUGAUUCAGUUGCUUCGCAUGAGACAAAUAUUGGACUGAUAAUUGGAAUUUCUCGAGGAGUAAUUGUUGUUCUCUUUAUGGGAGGCUUUCUCUGUUUUCUACGGAAGAGUAGACAAAGAGGAUAUAAGCGUGAUGUUUUUGUAGAUGUUGCAGGUGAAGUGGACCGAAGAAUUGCAUUUGGUCAAUUGAAAAGAUUUGCAUGGAGGGAAUUACAACUGGCCACUGACAACUUCAGUGAGAAAAAUGUCCUUUGGCAGGUAGAUUAUGGAAAUGUCUAUAAAGGAGUGUUAUCUGAUAGCACAAAGGUUGCUGUGAAAAGGUUGACUGAUUAUGAGAACCCUGGGGGUGAUGCAGCUUUCCAGCGGGAAGUUGAAAUGCUAACUGUAGCUGUUCACAGGAAUCUAUUACGGUUGAUCGGGUUUUGCACGACCCCAACUGAGUGCCUUUUGGUGCAUCCCUAUAUGCAGAACUUAAGUGUUGCCUAUCAAUUACGAGAGAUUAAACCUGGGGAGCCUGUUUUGGAUUGGCCUACAAGAAAACGAGUAGCGUUAGGCACUGCACGUGGAUUGGAGUACCUACAUGAACAUUGCAACCCUAAGAUCAUUCACCGAGAUGUGAAGGCUGAAAAUGUGCUACUUGAUGAAGAUUUUGAAGCCGUUGUUGAAGGCUUUGGCCUGGCAAAGUUGGUGGAUGUUAGAAAAACUAAUGUGACAACACAAGUUCGUGGGACGAUGGGUCAUAUAGCACCGGACUACUUGUCCACUGGGAAAUUAUCAGAAAGAGCUGAUGUUUUUGGCUAUGGAAUUAUGCUCUUAGAACUUGUAACAGGUCAACGAGCAAUUGAUUUUUCUCGCGUGGAAGUAGAAGAUGAUGCUUUCUUGCUUGACCGUGUGAAGAAGCUGCAGAGAGAGAAACACCUGGAUGCCAUUGUGGAUCGCAAUCUAAAUGGUAACUACAACAUUCAAGAGGUAGAAAUGAUGAUCCAAGUUGCGUUGCUAUGUACUCAACAAUCACCAGAGGACCGCCCAGCUAUGUCGGAAGUGGUUCAUAUGCUGGCAGGAGAGGGGCUGGCUAAGAGGUGGGAAGAGUGGCAGCCUGUUGAGGUUACUCGUAGGCAGGAGUAUGAGAGUCUGCAGAGAAGAUUUGACUGGGAAGAAGAUUCGGUUUAUAAUCAGGAUGCUAUUGAGUUGUCUGGAGGAAGAUGAGAUCGCUUAUGGAAAGUUGAGAUCAAUGUGUUCUUGCAGGUACAUAAUUUAUUUACUUUUUCUGGUUUAAUGUCAUAAUGUAGGUGGCAUUUGACAUUUUAUUAUAUUCCCUCUCACCAUUGUCCGAGACAAUACCUGAAAAGAGAAAAAAAACCAUGUAUAAUUGUGAAGUUACUUUGCUUGUGAAUAUGGUAAUUUAUCACAAGAGUUUAGUCCUUUUAGAAAAGUCGCAUGGUCAGUGGAAGGUCAAGAGUUGAGGGCUAAAAUAAACUGAAUGCAGUUUAUUGUGAAAGCUCUUCAAAGGGGUAAACAACAACAACAACAACAACAACAACAACAACAACAACAACAACAACAAAGAGAGGGAAAAAAAAAAAAAAAAAAAAGACAGAGAGAAUGGCUUCUACCAUUU